UGAAGGCGUGGCAGAUGUUGCUGAGAUGGCAGACACUGAUGAAGCCUCAGCCAAGUGUACACUAACUGUUGCUGAGUGUACAUCAAAGCCUGCAACUGCCUCGAAUGUAGCCACUUCUUCAACAUCAAGACCAUCAAAAGAAUCGUUGAAAAAGAGAAAGAGAAACAGAUGCUAUGAAGAAGAGCUACUUGAGCUGGAAACAAGACGUGCACAGGCUGAGUUGGACCUGUGGUUGCAGAGGCAACAGCAGGAAAAACAGCUACAUGAUCUUAGAAUUAAGGUGAUCACAGAGGCUGCAGAGCAAGAGAGACAACUUUUUACUUUAAAAAAAGAGUUGUUAAACUCAAAUAUAAAGUCUGCAAUGGAUCAAGGCCUUCUUUUGUUUGAAUCUUAAACUUAACA